UAUAUAUCCACAGCAUGAUACUAAGCAUAUUAACAGGAUAAUCGAUUUUAGCUGUCAUAGAUCAAGAAAAACUGGUAAAGAUGAGCUCAAAGAACACUGUCCACUGGCUUCCCAUCUGGCAUUUUAUCGCCACUUCUGUGAUUCUCCAGUGCUCAAGCCAAGUGCUGGGUGAACUACAGGUCCCAGCCAUGUUUGUCUUCGGAGACUCCUUGAUUGAUGAUGGAAACAACAAUUACCUAAGCUCCAUUGCGAAGGCCAACUACUACCCUUAUGGGAUUGAUUUCUUUCAAGGGCCUACAGGGAGGUUUUCUAAUGGGAAAACCGUAAUAGAUGUAUUGUGUGAUCUUCUGGGUCUUCCAUAUCUCCCACCAUACACAAGUCCUGGCUUGAAUGGAACGAGAUUGCUUGGUGGAGUGAACUAUGCUUCAGCAGCUGGGGGCAUCCUUGAUGAGACUGGCGAAUACCUAGGAGAGAGGUUUAGCCUAAAUCAGCAGGUGCUGAACUUCGAAAACAACUUAGAUGAACUGAGGACACUGAUGGGUGGUGAAAGAAACCUGAGCCAAUACCUUGCAAGGUCCAUCGUGGUGAUGGUUUUUGGCAGCAAUGACUACAUCAACAACUACCUUCUGCCACCUCUAUACCCUACCAGCUACAACUACACCCCCGAGGAGUAUGCCAACCUCCUCCUCAACCACUACACCAGACAGAUACUGGCACUAUACAGUGUAGGUCUAAGGAAGUUUGUCCUGUCAGGGGUAGGGCCCCUAGGAUGCAUCCCCAACCAACGGGCCUCCGGGUUCGCCCCAGCUGACCAAUGCAUUGAUCAGGUAAAUCAGAUGGUUAGUCUCUUCAAUGGGGGGCUGAGAUCACUGGUCCAACAGCUGAACACCAAUCACCCAGGGGCAAUUUUUGUAUAUGGCAACACAUAUGGUGCUCUUGGAGACAUCCUCAACAACCCAAGCACUUAUGGUUUCACGGUCGUUGAAAGGGGUUGCUGUGGGCUGGGAAGGUUCCAGGGGCAGAUCACCUGCCUUCCAUUUUCUGUUCCUUGCCUCAACAGGAGCCAACAUAUCUUCUGGGAUGCUUUCCACCCAACACAAGCUGUGAACUUAAUCCUCGGACAAAGGGCUUUCACUGGACCUCCUAAUGACAUGUACCCAGUCAAUGUGCAGCAGUUGGCCCAACUGUAACUGAGGGAACUUUCUAUAUGGUUUUUCUCCUGGUAUUAUGUAUGUUCAUAUAUAGGAAAGAAGCGGUAUCUACUUGAAUGUUUGUUUCAUCGCAUAUAUAAAAUAUAUUCAUAUGAGUUAACAGGUAGGAGUGUGUGAAUUAGAACAGGGUUGCUUGGUACCUCUUAUUUCUCAGUGUAAAAUAUCAGGAACUCCGGUAUUUUUAGAGAGUUCAUUUCUGAGUAGACUGUCCAACUUCAAAAUGAAAUGCAUGUUGUCAAGUUUCAAAUAUAGAAAUAAGUAAAUAUGUAAAUAAACUAAUUCUUUUUACUCUUAUGCAUGUGUUUAUAUGUACAUUUGCAAUGACUCAUCCAGUCAUAUGCAUAUUUUCUAAUGUGUGUUAAUGACUUAACAUUAUAAAACAGCAACCAC